GCUUUGUCACAGUACUCUUACCAGUACCGAUACCACUGUUUGUCUGUACUGUUGCGUAGGAAAACCACAUACCGCUUCAGCUCGGAGGUGGCUGUCUUACAUAAAUCGCACUUGUAUAAAACGGGAAAAGAACAUGCUCUCCGUCACUCUGGACAACAAUGGGUCCCCAAAGAAGCGGACGUUCUCGCGUAGCGAGGAUGAAUCACUCCGUAGCAUUAUAAAAGAGGCUGAAAGCGCAUCCAGGCGUCUGACGCGAAGUGACAGCCGUCCAGGGACCUUGAAAAGGCGGCCUGACAGCCAGAACUCUGACCAGGACCUCUCAAUGAGACUUCCAGAAAUGCUGGAGCUCCAGGCCAGCUACGAUGAGGCGAUGCAUGAGCUGCGUGGGCUGGAGGUGGAGCGUGAGGCUCUGUUGUUCCAGGUGGACGUACUGCAGGAUACACUGGAGAGUGUGGAGGAACUGCUGGCCGAAACCCAGAGGGAGGCCGGACGAGCUAAUGUGGAGUUGGAGCAAGAGCGAGAAGCCAAGAGAAAACUUGAGCAUUUGGUUCACUCUCUGAUGCAGGAAGUCGACAUGUUAAAAGAGGAGAAAAAUUGCCGUAUGCACUUAGCAGAGCACAGAAAUGAAACUGAAGUUGACACAAAGAGGCAAGGAUCUCAAAUGAGUGAUUCUGCAAUGGAAUCCAAGCAACCUACUAGUACCAGUCAAGUGAAUGCCAUGUCUGCGGAGAUGAGUCCAGCUAAAGGAGACGAAGGGAGCGUCGUCACCAAAGUCAAGUGGGUUGCCAACAGCGCCCCAACCCUUGCACUGGACGACCCGCUGAGUGAGGACGGGGUGCAUCGGAGGCCAUACGAAAGCAGCUCCGAAGGCAGACGAGACCCGUCCCCGGACAAAAGUGACUCCGAUAGCACCAGUACGUACGAGGACGCGUCGGCGGAGACUCCCGAGAAUGAGCGCGUUCCUUUGGAGUUGCCUCAUGACUCUGCAAGUAAAGACCCGGCCGAGUCCAAGGAGCCUCAAAACGGUGAUAACUGCAUUGUGUCUUAAUUUAUUUUGCAAACUACACACCCUUUUUCAAAGCUUCCCGUCUCAGGUGACUGAAGAGAUAAUAUGUCCUCUAUUUGCCAAUCAUAUCAUAUCUAUCUGUGUCUUCGGCUCUUCUUUUUAUACUCUUUCAACAAAUGUUUAUUCGCUGUUUGUUGCCUGGAAAAGAAAAAUAUAUUUGUAUACAGUGAAACUAGAUUGAGCCCCAUAAGCACACUGUCUGCAAUAUGUCUUAUCAAUAUGGCUGGCCGCUAAGUGGGCUUCUUUUUUUCUUAAGAGAAUAAUUUGGGAAGUUUGUAUUUACUAACAGUUGUUUGUAAGAUCAUUAUAAUUGUUCUUAAAACAAGGGAAACGUUAUUUAUUCACAGCCCGACUGAAUUACUUUCUUACACCUUGUUUUUGGAGGAUUUUGUUAAAAUUGGCUGCAUUUGCACUUUUCACAAGUUUGUGCUUUUGAAAACAUUCCCAAAUGUCAACGAGGGAAGGAAGUCUUCUCUGUCUGCAUGGAAAGACUGCACGGUUGCACAUUUGCAGUCAAUUUUUCAUGUCUGAUUGCUGUAAACCUUGUUUUUUCAGGAUCGUUUUUUUACAAGCUUUGGGAACUGAUUGCAUGAACAUCUGUCAUGGCACAUACAUGAUGAUCGUUACACCGUUUUAAACACUUGUGCAAUAUAUGUGUCAAGAAUUCACAGUUGAAUAUGUUGUUCGUAAAUCAGAUCAAAUUGUCUUUUAUAUAAUUACUGAUGCUCAUGCAAUAAGCUUAGAUCAUUUAGUAGGUCUUGGAAUAUUUCUAAUCAUCUGCUUAUUCAGUCUGUCAACAUGAUUGUUUUUGUCCUAUUACUUGAUUAGCUGCUACGUUUUCUACACAAAGCUCUGAUGACUGUUUUUUUUUAAAUGCUGUCUGCCACUAGAACACUGUAAAUGUGUUGCUGCAGUCGUGCUCUCUCAAUGUAAGCUCUUCUGUCAUUACGCAAUCAUAGUUCACGUUAUGAAAACUCUGACCGCUGAUGUCGCUUUGCUCUAAGGGACUUUCAGAGAGUUCUGAUACCUUCAACAUGUUAACUCACAAGUGUGAAUUUCUUUUGUAAACAAAUUAUCUGGGAUUUUCCCACAAGAAAUGGGAAACAUUAAGACAUUUUUUUUGCCUUUGAAAUUUGAAGUUAAUGUUUAGCUGUGAGAGUUAUGACAGCCUUGUUGAUACUGAUGAGAAAUUUUUGAAUAAAAAGACUUAAG